CCGAGACCUCCGACCUCCGAGAGCGUCUCCCGUGAGAGCGGCUGAAGGACGAUGGGAUUCCAUUUCCAGAUCUUCCUGGUGGCUCUUUGUCUUUCUCAGUCCGGAUCAGAUUGGUGUUACACCGACCCGUCCUGCGCUCCCAGCAGUUGGACAUCCGAGAAAUUCUGUAACGGAUCUCGCCAAUCACCUGUAGACAUUCCAGAAAGCUCCGCCCACUACAAUGGCAGCCUGGGACCGUUCCAGUUCACAGACUACAGCGCCCCGACCAAACUCCAAAGCAUCAGUAACAUCGGGCACACAGUGGAGGUCGCGGUUGGCGAUGGAGUCUCCAUGUCUGGGGGGGGUCUGUCGUCUCCCUACACCGCCAGAGCCUUUCAUUUUCACUGGGAUAACGGCAGCGCGGGGUCGGAGCAUCGACUGACCGGCAGACAAUUCCCCAUGGAGAUGCACAUCGUACACACCAAGGACGGGAUGAAUCUCACAGAUGCCAGGAAAGUGACGGAUGGGAUCGCAGUGUUGGGAUUCUUCAUUGAUAUCUCAGAUUCGGUGAACGCCUCCCAGAUGACAUCACUCGCCAAGCUUUUACCACAAGUCUCUGUUCCUGGAACAAAGCUGUCUCUGAACUCCUCCUUCUCUCUGGACGGGUUGUUGGCGGGUGUCGAUCGCACGGCUUACUAUCGCUAUUUGGGCUCUCUGACCACUCCAACGUGUGACGAGGCCGUAGUCUGGACUGUCUUCAGAAAUCCCAUCUAUGUCCCUCGCAUUGUGGUACAAACUUUCACAACUUCCCUCAACUACAAUGAGUCGGGAAACCUGGAGCCAAUGGUGAACAAUUUCCGCCCUCCUCAGCCUCUCAACGGCCGUCAGGUCCAGAUGUCCUUCAACAUGUCCUCAUUCGCCAACAGCACAGCGGCUCCCAGCACCAGGAACACCACGAGCACCGGGAACACUGCCCAGUCCAGCGGCAUCCUGUGUAUGUCACUGCUGCUCCUCUACCGGGGGAUGGCUAGCAAUGUCAUCUGCUGAAGUCUUCUCAGAGUUGUAUUUGGAAGGGUCUGCCUCUCUAAAAAUGGUACUUCAGCUAUGGGUGGAGACCUCCAAUGUCUGUCCAUGGGGCUCGGGGGAUUCAGCUAUGGGUGGAGACCUCCAAUGUCUGUCCAUGGGGCUCGGGGGAUUCAGCUAUGGGUGGAGACCUCCAAUGUCUGUCCAUGGGGCUCGGGGGAUUCAGCUAUGGGUGGAGACCUCCAAUGUCUGUCCAUGGGGCUCGGGGGAUUCAGCUAUGGGUGGAGACCUCCAAUGUCUGUCCAUGGGGCUCGGGGGGAUUCAGCUAUGGGUGGAGACCUCCAAUGUCUGUCCAUGGGGCUCGGGGGAUUCAGCUAUGGGUGGAGACCUCCAAUGUCUGUCCAUGGGGCUCGGGGGAUUCAGCUAUGGGUGGAGACCUCCAAUGUCUGAUCAUGUAAUUUCUUUUGUAUGGGAGCCAGAGGCGUUCAUUUCAAUAAAUUAUUUAAAUAUGA